UUUGUUGGAUUUUUUCUAAUAUAAAAUAUGAUUGUUGAUUGGAUUAUCAUCUUAAUCCAAUUGGAUAAACAUGACCACCAACUGGAUAUACAGAAGCAAGUGAAGACAAGCUGAGUAAUAAAGUUUCAAAUAAAUUUUCUUGGAAAAAUAGCCAUCCAUUUCAUUAUCAAAGUCAAACGCUCCCUACUUCUUGACAUUAUCGUCAAUAUUUGAGCAAAAAUUAUUAGUAUAAUUAGGACUCUCAAAUAAUAGAAUUAUGGAAAAUAAAAUCACGCAUACAGUAAGAUAUAAAUCUGUAACAUACCAAUAUUUCCAAGAAUAUAUUUGCCCAUUAAACUAAAAAAUCAUUGUUAUCUUCGCAGUCCUUUUUUAUGUUAUUACUCCACAAAAAACCGGCUUCCACACUUAUGUAGUCCUAUUCUGACUUUUUCCCCUUAAGCAUAAGUUUCCUUUUUACACUGUUGUUUUCAAUUUUUCUGUGAUUCAUUCUAAGAAAAACAAGAAUGUCUGGUGCAGAUGUGUUCAUUGGUUCCCUUGAUCAAGGAACCACCAGUACUAGAUUCAUCAUCUAUGAUCGUUUUGCUAGUGCUGUUGGGUCUCACCAGGUUGAAUUCACUCAGUUUUAUCCACAAGCAGGAUGGGUGGAGCAUGAUCCAAUGGAAAUUGUGGAGAGUGUGAGGAUCUGUAUGGCGAGGGCUCUUGAUAAGGCUACUGCCGAAGGCCAUAAUGUGGACAAUGGACUGAAAGCCAUUGGUCUUACAAAUCAGAGAGAGACCACUGUUGUAUGGAGCAAAUCCACUGGCCUUCCUCUUUACAAUGCCAUUGUUUGGAUGGAUGUCCGUACCAGUUCUAUUUGCAGAAAAUUGGAGAAAGAAUUGUCAGGGGGACGUACUCAUUUUGUUGAGAGUUGUGGUUUGCCUAUAAGCACUUAUUUCAGUGCAUUGAAGCUGCUGUGGCUGUUGGAUAAUGUGGAGGGGUUAAAUGAAGCUGUUAAAAAGGGGGAUGCCAUUUUUGGAACUAUCGAUACUUGGUUAAUUUGGAACCUAACAGGAGGUGUGAAGAAUGGUUUACAUGUCACUGAUCUCUCCAAUGCAUCGAGAACUAUGCUGAUGAAUCUUAAAACUCUUGACUGGGAUAAAUCCACACUUGACACCUUAGGAAUUCCGGCAAAGAUGCUGCCAAAAAUUAUUAGCAAUUCUGAGAUUAUUGGAAACAUUGCUAAAGGAUGGCCAAUCACAGGGAUCCCUAUCUCGGGAUGUCUUGGUGAUCAGCAUGCAGCAAUGGUGGGGCAAGCUUGUCGAAAAGGUGAGGCUAAAAGCACAUAUGGAACAGGAGCUUUCAUACUUCUGAACACAGGUGAAGAGGUGAUUAAGUCGGACCAUGGGCUGCUAAGCACAGUAGCCUUUAAGCUGGGGCCAAAAGCACCUGUCAAUUACGCUUUAGAAGGCUCCAUUGCCAUUGCUGGUGCUGCAGUUCAGUGGCUUAGAGACAGUCUAGGCAUUAUCAGCAGUGCUAGUGAAAUUGAGGAGUUGGCAUCAAAAGUUACCUCUACUGGAGGAGUGUAUUUUGUUCCUGCAUUUAAUGGAUUGUUUGCUCCAUGGUGGCGUGAUGAUGCUCGUGGGGUUUGCAUUGGUAUAACUAGAUUUACCAACAAGUCUCACAUUGCUCGAGCGGUACUUGAAAGCAUGUGUUUUCAGGUAAAAGAUGUGCUUGAUUCCAUGCACAAAGAUGCUGGAAAGAAAGGUGAAGCUAAGAGCGAGGGAAAAGAGUUCUUACUCCGCGUGGAUGGUGGUGCUACAGUCAACAACCUUUUGAUGCAAAUUCAGGCUGACUUGUUGGGUAGUCCAGUUGUAAGACCAGCUGAUAUAGAAACAACAGCUCUUGGGGCAGCCUAUGCUGCCGGAUUAGCUGUUGGAGUCUAUAAGGAGAAUGAGAUAUUUGCUUCCGGGGAAAAUAUGAAGCAGGCGUCAAUAUUCAAACCUGUGUUAGAAGAAGAAUUGAGGAAAAAGAAGGUGGAUUCUUGGUGUCGAGCUGUUUCAAGAUCGUUUGAUCUGGCUGAUCUAUCUCUAUAAGUCACUCCGAUCUAACUCUUGAACUACCUUCAUAUCGUUGAUGUUUUAGGUUCUUUUCCUUGUUUUUAAAUACUAGUGUUGCUUGAUUUUAAUAAAUACUCUUGGAGGAGAUAACCGUGAGUUCCUUAUAUACACACUGUCUUCUUCUUUCUAAUGUACUUAACUGGUAGCCACAUUAUGGUAUGAAGUUGAUAGAAAAAUAAGGUUAGCCAUUUGUA